UGUGGGUGGAGCUAAAGCGGGUCACGUCUCAAAAUGGCGGCGGCCAUGAAUCGCGUGGAUGAAAUUCGGAAUCGAGUAAUAUUGGGGGAAUUUGGUGUGAAGAAUGUUCAUACAACAGACUUCCCUGGAAACUACCCUGGCUAUGAUGACACCUGGGAUAUGCAGAAGUUUCAGAAGAACUUCAGAAUUGACAUAGUGCAUCUGGAUGAGAACAAUAUGGAGUUUGACAUGGUGGGUAUAGAUGCAGCCAUCGCCAACGCCUUCAGGAGGAUCUUACUAGCAGAGGUGCCUACCAUGGCUAUAGAGAAGGUCUUUAUCUAUAACAACACAUCCAUUGUCCAGGAUGAAGUUCUGGCUCACAGAUUAGGCCUCAUCCCCAUCAAAGCUGACCCUCGUCUGUUUGAGUACAGGAACACUGGUGACGAGUCGGCAGAGGAAGAAGGUUCAGAAAUAGACACGAUUCAACUGCAGCUGAAGAUAAAGUGCAGCAGAAACCCCCGAGCCAGCAAAGACUCCUCUGACCCCCAGGAGCUCUAUCUGAACCACAUGGUUUAUUCUAGGGACAUAAAAUGGGUCCCCAUUGGGAACCAGGCAGACGUGUUUGCAGACUCCCGCAUUGGCCCCGUACUCGACGACAUCCUGAUAGCUCAGCUACGACCAGGACAUGAGCUGGACAUCGUCAUGCACUGUGUCAAAGGAAUUGGUAAGGACCAUGCCAAGUUCUCUCCAGUGGCCACAGCCAGUUACCGCCUCCUGCCAGAGAUCACUCUCCUUGAGCCAGUGGAGGGAGAGAAAGCAGAACGCUUAAAACGCUGCUUCUCACAAGGAGUCAUUGACCUGGAAGAUGUUAAGGGGAAGAAGGUUGCCAAAGUAGUAGACAGUCGCCUGGACACAUGCAGCCGGGAAGUCCUCCGACAUGAUGACCUGAAAAAUUUGGUGAAGCUCGGGAGAGUGCGAGACCAUUUCAUUUUUACUGUGGAGUCAACUGGCAUCCUGCCUCCAGAUGUUCUGGUCACAGAGGCCAUCAAAGUUCUCAUGGCCAAGUGUCAGAGGUUUCUCAGUGAACUGGACUCUUGUGGCAUGGAGUGAAAUAAUGACUGAGGAUGCUGAGAUCCAUCACUGAGGACCUGGUACUGGAAUAUGGCACGGCCUAGGAUUAGGAUUGUUGAUGCUCUCUGCGGAAUGUCUCGGUUGAAGCUUGGCUGUAUGGAUAAAAACUAGCAGAUGUUGUUAUAGGUAGACUUGUAAGUAUGUGUAUACCACUGGUUCUUGCCUUUUUUUUUUUUUUUUUGUACUGAGGUUUUUUUUCUAAAUAAACAUACUGAGUUUAAUUGAAAAAAAAAUCACUUAUACAGUAUUUACAAUAUAUUUUCUAUGGAUUUAGUCACGUGAACCAUAACAGAAAGCAAAGAUGGUAUUACCUUAGGAAAACAGCAUAUACAGUACAUGUAUAGUAUAUACUUGGUUCUUCAGAACAGUAAGUUCAUAUAGAUGUGAUUAAUGUACGUCAGUGAUUUCAGCUCCCUGCCAGCCUCUGUCUCUGCUGCAAUAAAGCACCACUAAUACA